AUGGCUGACAGGAGCCUUAUCGAGGGCGACGAGCCCCUCCAGCGCCGGGAGGAGGCUCCGGAGUGGGGAUACGAGGAAGGAGUGGAGUGGGGGCUGAUUUUUCCCGAUGCUAAUGGAGAGUACCAGUCGCCUAUUAACCUGAACUCGAGAGAGGCUAAAUACGACCCCUCGCUCCUGGAAGUGCGUCUGUCACCCAACUACGUAGUAUGUCGUGACUGUGAAGUGAUCAACGAUGGGCAUUCGAUUCAGAUUGCCCUGAAGUCAAAAUCAGUGUUAAUAGGGGGACCAUUACCUCGAGGACAUGAGUUUGAACUACAUGAUGUUCGAUUUCACUGGGGGAGAGAAAAUCAGCGUGGUUCGGAACACACAGUUAAUUUUAAGGCAUUUCCCAUGGAGCUUCAUCUAAUGCACUGGAAUUCCACACUUUACAGCAGCAUUGAUGAAGCAGUAGGGAAGAAGCACGGCAUAGCUAUUAUUGCUUUGUUUGUACAGAUAGGAAAAGAGCAUGCAGGCCUAAAAGCUGUGACUGAAAUUCUCCAGGACAUCCAGUACAAGGGAAAGUCCAAAACAAUACCCUGUUUUAAUCCCAACUCUUUAUUGCCAGAUCCUCUUCUGCGUGACUACUGGGUGUAUGAGGGCUCUCUAACCAUUCCACCCUGCAGUGAAGGUGUCACCUGGAUAUUAUUUCGCUAUCCUUUGACUGUGUCCCAAGUGCAGAUAGAGGAAUUUCGUAGACUGAGGACACAUGUUAAAGGUGCCGAGCUUUUAGAGGGCUGUGAUGGAAUCCUAGGAGAUAACUUCAGACCAACUCAGCCACUUAGUGAUAGAAUCAUCAGGGCUGCAUUUCAGUAGCAGAAGAGGAAGAAUAACAAAAAUUAAUCUUAUUCAGAGAGGGGGAAGACAAUGCUCCCACAGUGCCCUCAGAUGAGAAAUGGAAACUUUUGAGGCUGCUGCUUCAGUUGAACCACAAAGCCUGUAUUGUUUCUCUUCAUCUAAUUCAGCCUUGAUAGACAGCUGUGACAGUUGGUCUGUCCACACGGUCCAGUGAAAUUCUGGGAAUGGGGUUGUACAUUAAAAGAAGAAAACACAUUAAAUCUUCCAAUUCACACUGUUAGCUAUUUUUAAAUGGUAAUUAUCAUUGCUUAUAUAGUUUCUUUACCACAGCAUUCAGUAGCAGUCUGUGAUCCAAAUAGUAUUAAUUUUAAGCUUGGUAUGAAUGUUAAUAUGUAGACAUACUCAUUAUUGUUUUAAAUGUUAAAUUUAAUUUUUUUCCAUAUCAUCUCUUGUGCUGUUAGUAACCAGCUUUUUUGUAGAGGGGAGAUGCAUUCUAUGAAGCUAAUAAAAACAUUGUUUGUUC